UUUCUAGGCUGCAGGCUGCCUCCACUAUUCCUCCCUCUCCAUGUGCCUUUCGGUUUUCCUGUAAUCUAAUAUGGCACUUCUCCGGCGAUACGGCGCCUACCUAGCCAUUGCUGCCGCUUUUGUCUACUUCCUCUACACUCUUAGUUUCCCAUACCAGUCGGAACCGAGCGAGGUGCCCCAUCGCCACAAUCAACAUGGCGGUAGUAAACAAGCCCCGCAACAAGGGUCUUACAAAUGGGCCAAAAUACCCCUCAAGCACCCCGUAACCUCCAUGAUCCCGCUGCCCACUGGCUCCCCCCUUCCGCUCCCAAAGAUCCAAUUCGACUUCGGCACGGAGGACAAGACGGCAAAAAAUAUAAGAGAGAAAAGGCUAACUGAAGUAAAGAAGGCGUUUGAGAGAUGCUGGAGGUCUUACCGUGAAAGGGCGUGGAUGCAGGACGAGUUGGAGCCUAUCACCGGAGGAUCAAAGAACCCAUUUGGAGGAUGGGCAGCUACGUUGAUCGAUGCGCUCGACACGCUGUGGAUAAUGGACCUACAAGAAGAAUUCCACUCGGCAAUGAAAGAUGUGGCUGCGAUUGAUUUCGGAAGGACGGAUUCGGAACGGGUGAACGUGUUUGAGACAAAUAUCAGGCAUCUUGGUGGGCUGUUAGCUGCAUACGAACUCAGUGGCGAGAAGAUUCUCUUGCAGAAAGCAAAGGAGGUGGGCGAAAUGCUAUAUCAUGCAUUUGACACACCUAAUCGUAUGCCCAUAACAAGAUGGGAUUUUCACAAGGCAGGCGCGGGCAAAGCGCAAGUUGCUGAUGAAACGGUUCUGGUUGCCGAGAUUGGCUCUCUCACCAUGGAGUUCUCCCGUCUCUCCCAGCUUACCAAUGAUCCGAAGUGGUACGACGCCAUCAGUCGCAUUAUGGAAGUCUUCGAGAAACAGCAAGGCAAGACUAGAUUGCCCGGCAUGUGGCCCAUCGUAGUAAACGCCAGGAAGCCCGACUUCACCCAGGAUACUGGAUUUACUUUGGCAGCCAUGGCCGAUUCUCUGUACGAGUACUUGCCGAAGACAUAUGCUCUGCUUGGCGGCCUGAAUCCUCUGUACAAGAAGCUAUACCAGGGAUCGAUGAAGACCGCUAUCAGGCACACACUGUACCGACCAAUGACUCCCGAAAACGCCGAUAUCCUUAUGUCCGGUUUCGUCCGUGCAGAAGGGUCUGAAGCUAAUCUCUACCCUGAAAUGCAGCACUUAGUAUGUUUCGCUGGAGGCAUGUUUGCCCUUGGCGGCAAAAUCUUCGAAAAUGAGGAGCACGUUGCGAUUGGUCGGAAGCUCGCCGAUGGUUGUGUAUGGGCUUACAAAGCCCUACCCUUUGGUAUCAUGCCAGAAGUUUCCCAUCUCUACGCAUGCCCUAAUACCACUGAAUGCGACUGGGACGAGCAGAUCUGGAAGGACGAGGUAGCAAGAAGGGCAGACUUGGGCACUGAAAAGGAUCCUCUGCAGAACAUAGCUAACUUGAGAUUACCGAAAGGCUUUACUGCCAUAAACGAUCGACGUUACAUCCUUCGGCCGGAGGCAAUUGAGAGCGUAUUCAUUCUAUAUCGAAUCACUGGUCAACAGCAGUGGCAGGCAGCUGCUUGGGAUAUGUUCACGGCCAUCCAGCAGAAUACCCAAACCGACUUGGCGAAUGCUGCGUUGAUAGAUGUUUCUGUGUCAGACUCAUCGCCGCCGAAGAUGGAUUCUAUGGAGAGUUUUUGGAUGGCAGAAACUUUGAAGUAUUUCUAUCUUAUUUUCAGCGAGCCCAACGUUAUCAGCCUAGACGACUACGUAUUCAAUACCGAGGCACAUCCCUUGAAAAUCCCGAAAUGAGGAUGCUGACAUAUAAGAGAUAAGCCGUUAUCUUUAUUUGAGAGCAGCCCCAGUGGUCCCGGUGCUGUCUGCGGAUCUGAAGCAACACACUUUGUAUAUUGAAUUGUAACCAUAGUUGUAUUCAGCAACUGCCCCAUCUCCCGGUAGCGUGUCGGCGCUCAAGACGGUUGUUCAAGGUGGAUGUAGAUACCCAUCACCAGUACACGAGAAAUCAAAGUAUUUGCAGACCAUUGUUGGGUUGUCCAGGGAUGACGUCUAUCCCAG